AUGAAGCUGAAGCUCAACAGAGCGUGUGAUCUCAGCUCCAUUUCCGUCCUUCCUCCGCAUUCAAGGAGGAUGAGCGGAGUUCAACCUGGAUCGCAGCCAUCGCAGCUUAGGUCGCAGCCUUCGCAACAAUCGUUUCCACAUGGAUUUUCAUCGCAGCAUGGCGUCUUCUCUCAGCUAUCUCAGACUUCCCUGGAUGAAGCUUUCACCAUCGAUCAGAGACUUAAUUCGCAAGAGGAGGACAACCGUGUGAAGAAGGCUUCGUCACUCCCUCCAACAAGACGUAAUUCACAAGAACAGGACAACCGUAUGAAGAAGGCAUCGUCACUCCUUCCAACUAGCGAUGUGCACGAAGAGAGUCAGUUUCCAAUCACGAGAUCUUCUGGCAAUCUAAUGAGAAAAUGGAGUCAUGGCUCCGAGGCAGAAUCCAAAUGCCAUAUGAGCCAAGAGCUUGAGCGCCGCCUUGGAACUAUGGAGAACUCAUUAAGCAAAGUUGGCAUGAUGUUGGAUUCUGUACAAAGUGAUAUUAUGCAAUUAAACAAAGGGACAAAAGAAGUGCUGCUGGAGAUGGAAGGGAUACGGCAGAAGUUACUUGCCCGUGACACUUCACUGCUGACAAUGGUAACAGAACUUACGAACAAGGGACUUGGAGAUGUCAAAUCAACCUUGGAUGGGAGCUUGAAAUCUAUGUCUGAGAAACUCGAAAAGGAUGCAUGGCAGAACAGAAUUGAUGAGAUAUUCUUUCUUUUAUCUGCCUUACCUGGACAAAUGGCGGACUCUCAACUGAAACUACAAGAUCAGCUUCGUGCAACUUGCAGGCAGGAAAUGCAGGCAAUGAUCUGCAGCCUGAGGACACCAAACCCGGAAAAUCCAUGCCUUGCGUUGCUUCCACCAAAGGAUGCUGGCACUCCUUCCCCUCUUCAAAGAAAGCCAGGGACAGUCGAGAUUCAAGGCGUGGCCCCCAAGGUGUCUGCUCAAGCAACUGAUUUUCCAGGGGAGGAAACCCUAGGAUGGAAAUCCAUCAAGCGGGGAGGAAAUACAAAAUCAAGGGGAAAACGGCAAGAGGAGCAGAAGCAUCAACUUGUUUCUUACAAUGAGCCAACAUCAAGAAAGCAGGAAAGAAAUGAAAGAAUUAGCAUUGAUUCAGAUGAGGAGAUUGAUGGAGGGCUGUCCUGCCUAAUCGACCCAAAGGAACCAGGUACUGGAAACUAUAUGAUGGACGAAGCGAAGGAAGAGACAGAACGAAUACUGAGGAGAGCACGAAGGAGAAAGAGGAAAGCAUGUGCUCCUAUCCUUAUAGACUGA